AUGAUUCGUUUUGAAGAAAAACUUUAUUUACAAAAUGUUUUUAAUUCUAUUGAACAAAUAUAUAAAAUGAAAAAAACUCAACAAAUAUCAUCAUAUGAAGAACGUUUACGUGCAUCAUUUAAUAAAUUAAUUAUACCUGAUUGGUAUAAUCAUGAAUAUACAUCACCAAAUGGUUUACGAAAAACAAAAUCUCAUGGACAUGUACCACGUAUUAAACGAUCAAAUCAUCAUAAUAACAAUAAUAAUAAUAAUAAUACUUAUAUUAAUGAUGAUACACCUGAUAUAUCAACAUCUUCAUCAAUUAAUUCACCUUAUUUAUCUAAUGGUACAUAUAGACAAUCAUAUAAUCAUCGAUCACCAAGUCGUUCAUGGUCAGAAAAACCACCAUUAAGACGUGAUUCAACAACAUCAAGUUAUGAUACAAAUACAAGUAUAACAUAUGGACGACGUUUUACAACAUCGAGUAGUUCAUCAUCAUAUGCACCAGGUUUACAACGUGUUGCACAAUCAUCAACAUGGUAUAAACCACGAACAUUUAUUACAACAAAAAAUAUUAAUAGUAACACAAAUGGACAUAUUAUUGAACCACCUAAACCUUUACCAAGAUAUUCAAAAAUUGAUCCUGGACGUACAACAAAUUCUUCAUCUUUAUUAACAAAUAUUGAUAAUGUUCAUCAUCCUAUAAAACCACGUACUAUGGCUCAAGCACAAAUACCAUAUGAAGAAUCUUUUCUUGAUGCAUCAUCAGAAGGUGAUAUGACAAUUGUACAAAAUUCAUUAAUACAAGAAAUAAUAGAACAACCUAUUGUUUCUCAACCUAUUAUAAGUAAUAGUGAAAUAACAACAACAAAUAUUCCUCGUACAAAUUCAUCAAAAAGUCUUACAUCAGAAACUGAAUCAUAUCGUUCAGCUAAUUUACAUUCAAUAGAUAAAAAUCUUUUAGUAUCAGAUUCUUCAUCAUAUGCAAGUGUCAAUGAUCGAUGUUUAUCACCAUUAUCAACAGCUUCAUAUCAUACAGCAAGAGCAGGUGAUACAACAUCAUCAUCAUCAUCAUCAUCAAUAGGUGGAUAUGAAACACCAACACCAAAAUUAGAUGAUAAUGCAACAUUAUCAACACAUAGUUCACUUUCAGAUUUAAGUCAUGCUGAAACCUUAGAACCAAGUGCUGAAGAUCUCGAUAUUGUUGCCCUAUCAAUAGCAGAACAAAAAUCUAUUAACAUUCCAAUAGUUGAUGUUGAAAUGGAAAAUACAUCAUCAUUACCAUCAUUUACAUCAACAUCAUCAAAUACUGAUAGUUUAAUAACAAUUGAUUCACGUCCAAGUGAAAAUCAAAAUUGGUAUGAUGGUUCUAUAGAAACAUGUAUUCAUGAAAAUGUAUCAAAUAAAAAUGAUUCAACAAAUAUACGUGAAAUAUCAAAUGAUGAAAUUUUACGUGAAGUUGAUAUAAAUGCUGUUGGUGAUGAAUUUUUCUUAUUUUCACCACAUAAUACAACAGAUAAUGAAUCAAUAAAUAUAUUAAAUACUAAACAACAUGAACAUAUUGAAAAUAUUUUAUCAACAACAUCAAAUCGUAUAUUUACAUUUGAUGAUAAAACAUCAAAUAUUCAUAAUAAUAAUAAUUUUCAUUAUUCAUUAUCAAAUAAUCCAUUUGAUUUUGAUAAUAAUAAUAUUACUAAUAAUAAUAAUAAUUCAUCAAUAAUGAUAACAAAUUUAGAUGAUAUUAUUAUUGAUAAUAAUGAAAAUAAUUUUAUUCAUACAAAUUAUCGUCGUCCUAUACAAGAAGAUAUUUUAUAUGAAGUUGAACAUGAAAAUAGUUUUUCAGAUCAUAGUCAAAAUACAUCAUCAAUUAUAGCAACUAAUGAUAAACCAUCAAUUAAAUUUGAUGUUAAUAUGGAUUAUUUAACAUCAACUGAUAAUCCUAUUAUAAAUAAUAUUCCUCAAAUAUCAAUUAAUGAAAAUGAAAAACAAAUAUCAACAACAAUUAAUGAUAAUAAUAAUGUUUUACCUAUAUAUAUAUUACCACCAUUAUAUACAACAACAACAAUAAAUGAACCAACAUCAACAUCACUUCAUAUAAAUACAAAUAAUAUUUUUCAAAAAUGGGAUUCAUCUAAUAUACAAACAACUGAUUUAACAAGUCCAUUAGUAUAUACACCAAAAAUUCGUCAUCGUCAAUAUUCAGUUGGUUCAUAUUAUGAUAAUAAAACAACAACAGUUACAUUAAAUCCAAAUUAUUAUCUUGGUAGUGCUCCUGUUAGUCCAUUAAGUCGUACAUCAACAACAAGUAGUGAAUCACAUUAUCAUAUUCAACAACAUCCUAGUCCAACAUCCUAUGAUAAUAUAUCAUUAAAUGCAUUACGACGUGUUAAUCCAUUUUUUGAAUCUAAUACAUAUUCAUCAUCAUUAACAACAAAUGAUUAUAAACAAACAAUAGAUUCUUAUACAUCAUCAUUAAAUAUAGACGAUAAAAAUCAUCUUAAUAUAAAUCAAUCACCAAAAAUAAUAUUAAAAUCAUCUGAAAAAAUUAUUCCAAUAUCUGAAACUGAAUCAACAACAAUUAUACCUCCUCAAUCAAUUCCUUCACCAUCAUCAAUACGUACAACUUCUGUAACAUUUUCACAAUAUGAAAUUCCAAUAAUUCAUCCAAAAUCAAUUAAUGAAAUUUCAAAAUCAUCAUCAUCUCCUUCUCAAUCUAAUAUAAUCAAACAAGAAUCAUCAUUUAUACAAGAAAAUCCUAUAUCACCUAUAAAUUCUACUAUAUAUAAACAAAGACCAAUAUUAACUCAUCAAAAUGCAACUUAUAAAAGUCCUUCAUCAAUAAUUCAUUCAACUCUAUAUGAACAAGAAUCAACACGUAUUCAUUCAAAAAUAAAUCGAGAACAAAUACAUCCAUCAUCACCAAUAAUUUUUACACGUAGAAAAUCUAAUGAAAAAGAUUAUUCACAACAUAUUUAUCAAGAUAUUGAUUCAGUAACAAAAAAUAUUAAACAAAUUCAUACAAAAAAUGCUGAUUUACAAUUUAUUCGUGAUGCUAUUGAACGUGUUUUUCAAUUUCAUGAUGAUGAAUCAACAAGUGAAUCAAGUACAUAUUAUGAAGAAGUUAUUGAUAAUAAUAAUGAAAUAAAAAAACAAAAUUCAGUACAAUAUCCAGCUAUUGAAGCAAUUCAACGUUUUUAUAAUGAUAAAAUUUUAUCAAAUAUUAAUCAAAAUCAAAUAAUAAAUGAACAAAUAACAAAUCUUGAUGAUAUUAUUAUUAGUAAUACACAUUCAUCAAUUAUAAAUCAACAAAAAAAUAAAAAUAAAAUAUUAAAAUUAAAAUCAACAGAAUAUGAACGUACAAGUUCAGAAGAAAUUGAUGAUACAUUAAAUGAUAUUGAAGAUGUUGAUUAUCAUGAUGAUAAAUAUAAACGUCAAAUAAAUAAUAAUCAUAGUACACAUACAAGUAAUGAAAGUUCACCAAUACUUUCAUCAGAUAUUAAAUUAAAAACAAAAAAUCUCUUACAAGAUACACAAAUAAUAGAACGACAAAAAGCAUCUAUGCUAACAAAUGAAAUUCCAUCAAAUCUAACUCAUCAAACAACACGUACAACAGUUCCACCAAUUGAAAUUAUAACUGAAAUGGUUAUUGAACAAGAUGAUAUAACUAAUGAUAAUCAUGGUCAAAUAGAUAAAAAUGCUGAUGAUAUGAUUAUAUUCUAUGAUGAUAUUGAAAUAGUUGAACAUUUAACAAAUUCAUGUUCAUCAGAAUCUGAAUCAACAUCAUCAUCAUCAUCUCAUCAUUAUUCAAAACCUAUUAAUACAAAUAUUAUUCAAAUAUCACAACCACCACCACCACCACCACCUAUUCCAGCACGUACAUUAAAACCUAUUCAUUUACUUAAUAAUAAUCAACAACAACAACAACAACAACAACAAUCAUCAUCAACAAUAAAUAAAAUUUAUGAAUUAGAUAAAUUUUUAUUACGUAAAAAAAUAGAUAUUAAUUCUGUUAAUGAUAUAUUAAAUCGUACUGAUAAUAAUAUUGAAUCAUCUAUAACACAUCGUCAUCCAUCAGCAAGACAUUUUGUUGGUAAAUUAAAUAAUGAUGAUAUAUUAUCUAUAACAACAACAACAACAACAACAACAUCAAUAACACAACCAAAAAUAUUAAAUGAACAUGAACAUAAACGUACUAUAAUACCAAAAACUCCAUUUUCAACAUUACCAUCACGUUCAGCAUCAACAAAUUCAAAAAAUGAUAAACAUCGUUCAAUUAUAGCUGAUACAAAUGCAUUAGUUAAACAAAUACAAAAUUCUUUAAGUCGUAAUUCUUUACAUGAUACACAAAUAAAUUCAAAAAAUUUAUCAUCAUCAACAAAAGAUUUACGUCAAUUUGUUUCAACAACAUAUUCACCAUCACCAUCUGAUGAUAAUAUUAUAGAUAAUAAUGAUAAUGUUAAAAAAAGACAACAAAUUCAUAAUACAGAUGAACAAUCAUUUAAAAGACAAGCACGUUUAUCAAAAAGUUUUCAUAAUGUUUCAGAAUAUAAUAGUAUAGAUCAAUAUCCAAAAAAAGAUAAUAAUAAUAAUAAUAAUAAUUCAACAACAAAAACUCAACCAUCAAAAUCUGUUGAAAAUAAUCUUAAUCAAGUUAGUCAAAAUCAAAUUAAACAAACACAUAUACCAUUAAAUUUAACAUCAGUUGUAACACGUACAUCAUCAUCAGCAUUACAAAAUUCAGAUGAUAAUACACGAAUGUUGUCGAUGAAAUGGUAUACAGGACAAGUAAAUGAAAAUUCAGAAAUAUCUUAUAAUACACAUCAUGUUGAUGCUGAUGAUCUUCUUCAUGGUUAUAUAUUAACACAUAGUAAUCGUGAUAUUCAAUCAUUACUUAUACGUCUUGAAUCAUCAAAUGAUUCUCGUAUACAUGCAGCACUUGAUGAUAUACGUUCACGUGUUGCACAAUUUGAUGCAUCAAAAACUCGAGAAGAUUUACAUGUUUUUAUGAGAUAUCUUGAAUCACGUUUACGUGAUUUAAAUAAUAAUAAAAAUUCAUUAAAUAAUGAUAUAACAAAUCUACAACAACAACAACAACAAUCUGAUAAUAUAUCAAUAAAAAGUCGAACAAAUGAUUCUAAUAAAGAAACAUCAACAUUACGACAAUUAGGUCGACAAAAUCUUCGUUCAUCGAAUAGUAUGGGAAAUUCAACAAAUGGAUAUCAACCAAUACCAUCUCGACGAUUAAGUCAAUCAAAUACUAAUCAAGAAAAUUCAGCUAUUUUUGAUGAUAUGUUAAAUACUGUAUUAGGUCUUCCAAAGAAAGGAGUAUCAACAUUACCACAAAUGUAUCCUUUUAAACAAGAAAAAUCUACUCCUUUAAUUCAAACACAAAUAACAAUGAAUAAAACAGGACAAGAUAUUGGUAAACGUUUAUUUGAAAGUGGAACAUAUAAAGAUCCACGUUUAAUUUAUGAUGGACCGAGAAAAAUAGAGAAAGAGGAAGAACCUCUUGAAACAUCCGUGUGA